AUGGAUCUGGGGGCGAUGACGGAUGCCCAAGUUCGCGAGUGGCUUCGAAGCUUGCCGAACUACCAGGUGCUUCGUUUGCACGAGCUGCUCCAAAAGGACCAUGCUCGCACUGCCAAUCGAGGCUGUGUACUCGGAGGACUGCAUGCGAAGAUCAUGUCGGCAGAUGCUCCUGCCACGUGUGCUACAAGGACUGGAAGCACAGCCGUCCCAAAGGUGGCAAGGGUGGGCAUGGAGCCUCAGGCUCAAGUUUCCCACUUCCUGCUGCAGGCCAUUAAGAGCCUGCACGUUUCGCGAGGGUGGGGCUCCAGCUGGAAGGAUCGUGGCCACGACAAGAAGGGUGAAGGCUCCCAGUGGUGGAAGAAGGACGACGACCCGUGGGACGAGGACCCCAAUGACAUGUCCGGCAUCGAUGUGAGAAAGUGCAAGAAAUGCAAGCACAACUGGUCCUAUGUGCGGGAGGGUGGUGAGCUCUACAUCUACUCGGCCAACCGAGAGAACCUCUGGGAUCCCUACAGCAAGGGCAGUGGAGGCCGGUGGGACCUGAAGGAGUUUGCCAACUACAUUGAGCCCACCUUGGCGAAGAAGAAGAAGAAGAACAGGGGCAAGCAGCGAAAGGUGUGGUGGGCCAAGGUCAAGGGGUGGAAGGAUGCCGGUGAGCCGGAGUUUCAGCCACCGAGUGAUGAAGAGGAAGAAGAUCCAGGCCAAGAGGGCCAAGAGCAAGCCGAAGCGGUGCCUUUCCGGCAGAAAGACUUUCAGAGUUUCGGUGGAGGAUUGCAGCGCGCGGACCAAACGAGCGGCUUCAAGUGGGCAAGCAGUCCGCCCAGGCAAGGCCGCGGGCAGCUGAAUCCCAGCGCCACCAGUCUUCCCCGAGCGCUUCUGUACCUGGAUGCCGGCGUUUUUAUGCGCGCAUCGCCGAGCCAGGAUGCUGCAUCCACAACGUGCAACUUUCCCUCAGAGAAGUGCAACCUUGCCUGCGGGUCCUGCGACCGUGCGAAGAAAUCGAAUGGUGUCCAUGGCAUUGUCAUCCGAAAUGUUCAUGAAUUUUCACUGUCAUUGGAGCUGCAACAAUCUUUGACCUUGGACGAAAUGCCUUGGAGAAUGGGCGAGCUUCCACGCGCCAUUCAUUGCUUGAACGUGGAUAAAGUCUUGAUUGUGGUGAUGGCGUACCACCAGCACUGGACCUCAGACUUGCUGACGACCUGUUGCUGUUCGCGAAAUCAGCGCAAAGUUGCUGCGCAGAUGCUGGAUGAGUUCCUCCGACUCGACUCCAUGGCAAACAGCACGGCCGUCCCAGAUACGGAGACCGUCGCUUGCGAGGUUGAAGUGGCAAGUCGUCAACAGCCUCGCCACCAGCAACUUCCAGAUCAACACAACGUCAUCAUCAGCAACGUUCUCGACGAGCUCUACCUACGGCUGGGAGAAUCCCGGAUUGAAGGUUUUUUUGCUAUGGCUGUGCACGCUGGUCUGCACGCAUUUGGCGCCGACUCUGCAAAAGAAGAGCUUCCGCAGCCUACGCGCUAUCGUGGCAUAUUGGACGUGUGGUCCUAG